GGCCCACGUUAGUUACUGGCUUCCAGAAUUGGGCUUCUCUAUAUGGGCCACUGUACUAAUGUGGAGCUCGAUUCGGAAUUUGAAGCAAUUACCUGGAACAAGAUUGUGGUCGAUGUGCAUGACGACGAUCGCCGGAGGAAAUCCCAGUUUCCCCUUCUCCCCCUGAUUCGCGCUACAACUCCCAGGUUGGGGUUACUGUACCUUCUUCCCCGUAUUUUAGUUGCAUCAGAAGUCAGCUAUGGCGGUAGUUUCUUAAUCGCUUACACAGUGCUUUGCCUUUGAUUUUUCUCUUUAGGAAUCAGAAUGAAUCCUGUUCCUUUCUCCGUGCCUCAAGCGGCUCGGCAACCUUCUCAUUGGACACCGAUGUUGCCUCCCAAUCCACCGCAUUCAAUUGCAUUUUGGGAGAACAGGAAUGUUCACGAGCGGCAGAGGGAGCUGCAAGAGACUCUGGUUCUUGCAGAAACAAUGCAAAGAGAGCUAGAGGCGCUGGCAAAGCUGAAGUCUAUCGAAGGAUCUGGGGAAGACAGGGAUAGGGUUUCCACUGAACCUAUGGCUUGCGAGCUCUUCAAGUGUCUAGAUGACAGGAAAAUUGAUCUAGCAGCACAAGAAAAUGUCUCUGUCAGUGCAGCAAAUGAUUUAAUGUCGAGGUUAAGAGCCCAGCUGGAGCCGUUUCGCUAUAUCGUGGACGAAACAACCCCCUGGGAGGAGAAAUCAGCAGCAGUUAGACUAUCUGAGAAGUUGCUCAAGUCCAAGAGGAACAAACGUUGGAGAAAAAGAAAACGAAAACUUGCUGCAGAAAUGCAUGCGAAGGCGGAUGAACGGUUUGAGCAAGCUGACAGGGAAGCUGAUGAAUGGAGGGCUAGGGAGAUUGCUAAGGAGGCAGCACAACUCAAGGUGGAAAGUAUGAAUGCAAUUGCAAAGCUUAAGGCUAAAGAAGAACGAAAGAGACUCGAAUCUGAGCUUGAACUGGUCUUGAUGGUUGAGAAGUUGCAAGAGUUGCGUUCCUUGAGGAUCCAAAAAUUAAAGAAACAAGGACAUUUUCUACCUGAGGAGGACGACAAAUUUCUGGAGAAGGUCCAAGCUGCAGCUGAGGAAGAGGAGCGUCUGGCGCAGGCUGCAGCUGACACAGAUGCUGCGAAGGAUGCAAUUGCAACUGCUUUAGAAUCAAGGAAAAGCAUGCAGAGCAGUGGGUCUGUCCCAAAGGAAGCAAUAGGUGAUGUUAAUCAAGAUAGAGGAAGCCUAGACCAAACAAUCCAAGGAGAAGAAAGGAUAGGCUCUGCUGCAGAAAGUGGUCCAUCCGGAGAGAAACCACCUGAAAGUCAUAGUUAUGGCGGAGGAUUUAACACGGUGGAAAAUUUACCAAUUGAAUUCUAUCAUUAUUAUCAUGGAAGCAGUAAUGACAUGGGGACACUCAUUGAGGUUAGAAGGGUGUGGGAUGCAUAUUUAAGGCCAGGAGGAAGUCGUAUACCAGGGCACUGGAUCCAGCCACCACGCCCAGCAGAUGAUACAUGGGCAUCCUACCUUGUUAAGCCUAAAUGACCAGUUCUCUGUUAUCUAUCAAGUGCCUGAUUUGCCUUUAAAGAAUAAUUCCCGUCCCAUUUGCAAGCUUCCAUAGAUUAAGUCUUGUGAUGAUGGCAACCGCAGAGCUAGAGAACUGAAACAGCAAACAAUUUUUUGGCUGGUUUCACAAUGACAUAGAUUUAUCCUGGUAUAUAACAGUGGGGUAUAGAUGGAGGCCAUUGCAAACAAGGUGCUUGAUCGGCAGAGUCCAGCAUCCAUUUGCUAGUCAUUUGGAUUUCUUUCCUGCCCUUCCAAAAGUGUUUUAGUGAAGCUAGUGAGAGAGGGAGAAAGAGCGUCGACCGGAAAUCAUGUGGAUGAUAUCUUGUCCUCUGAUCCAAUCGUCAUGGCUACCAGGAAUCCAUGUUAGUAAAUCAAUCCCCUUUCUCACUGCUCCAUUUUGUUUGAUCAUGAUUCUGAUUGAUCUUAUCUUAUGUAUGAUAAUUGUGUUCUGAAUUCGUUGAAUAUGUAGUGAAUUUUUUUAGCAUUCAAACAUCUCUCGUGAUGAUUACACAUUUAUUAAUUUGGCAUGUCGUGCAUUCUGCCAUUCCUGCCUUUGCUUCUUGAUCCAUUUUGUGGUAGCUCAAGAUAUGAACUGUGUUUCUUUCUAUUAUUAUGUUAAUGCUCAUCCAUCUGUGGGCUCUUUUUUCCAGAAAUGGAAAGACUCAAUAAGGUGAUCUUGAAUCU